AUGAUGCAUUUCUCCAAUUCUCGCCACCGACCUCUUCCACUCCCGUUUCCCCUUCCCUCUUCAGAACCAUUCUAUCCAGCUUCUACUGACAAAGUACUUCCUGUCAACGACCCUUUCUAUCCUGCUGAACGAUUCUCCACUCCUGAUCCAACAUCAAAUGGCUUAGUGCGUCGUAAAUCGAUAUUGAAAAUGCCCAAAAUGGACAUUACAUGGGAUGACAACGCUCAAACCCCAACGCCGACUCACACACCCUUCCAACCAGUUACACCUAAUUCUAACCCUAAGAAACUUCACAAGCAAUACAAACCCCAACCUCAACCGAUCAAGGGAGUUAGGUUCACGCCUUCUACUCAAGGUGAAGGGUUUCCUCAUGGAUUACCUACACCCGAUCCAACGCCAGAGAAGGGAAAGGAAAUAAAAGCGAAGAAGAAACCAUCCUGGAUUCAUUGGCCGUUCACUUCCAACAACCAAAACACCAGUGGAUCUUAUAGAGAUAUAUCGAAGGAAGAGAGAUUACCUACUCUAAGGGAUACCCCAUCACCGACUGGAUCAGAUCGUUCAUGGCAUCAUCAUUCUUCCUACUUUCCUGACUAUACACCGAUAUAUCCCAAACCACCUUCCACCAUCACUCCAAGCUUGUACCCGCUUACCGCGGCGGACUUGCAAGCUCAAGAACAUUCGAGAAGAGUAGGUCAUUCAGUGGUAGUUCAUUAUCCGAUGUUACCAUCUUGGAACGAAUACAGUGGUGGACAACAAGAUAAAGCCAAGGACGGUUGGCAAUCUUCUACGAACGGGUUGAUGAAUGGGUGGAAUGGGUAUGGAUGGAUGGGUGAUAAUCUCCCGAAAGCUGGGGAGUUGACAUUUGGUAAGCCUGCGCCGGCAGGUGAACCACUUGAAGGAGCCAAGAAGAAGAAAAAGAAGAAGAAGAAGAAAGGUGGACAAGGAGGAGGAGGUGGUGGUGGUGGUGGUGGUGGUGGUGGUGGUGGAGCAGGUGAAGAAGGAGGGGACGAUGAUGAAGGAGGUGAUGAAGGUGAAGGAGGUGAUGAAGAAGGUGGAUAG